CCAUUGCGAACCUCAAUUUGAAAUUUCCACAGCCUUCUUCAAAUCCGAUCGCACUGUUCAAAGUGGCAAGAAUGAAGAGUUUCGGUAGGUUGAUAUCGCAGGCUGCUCUCUGCCGUAGCCUCAUAAGAACCUACGCGGCGGAAAGCGAAGGUCUCCGAGCGUAUUGCCGUCUUCUAUUCGCUCCUCGUUCAACGAAAGUGAUAUCUUCUUUCUCCGGUUUGACUUCUUUGAAUUCAUCAUCUCUUCCUUACUCGCCACACUUGUCUCCAUGGGAAACGAUCGGAGGCCAAAGGAGAUCAAUGUUCAUACAAACACAAUCAACACCCAACCCAUUGUCACUAAUGUUCUACCCCGGAAAGCCAGUUAUGGAGACUGGAAGUUCAGAUUUUCCAAAUGCUCGUUCUGCAAUGACGUCACCACUUGCUAAGGCUCUGUUUGGAAUUGACGGGAUAACUAGGGUAUUUUUCGGAUCUGAUUUUGUAACUGUUACAAAAUCUGAUGAUGCAACUUGGGACUUGCUUAAACCAGAAGUUUUUGCAGCAAUAAUGGAUUUCUAUGCAUCCGGGGACCCGCUUUUUCUGGAUUCAAACACUGCAUCCACCAUGGACACAACUAUCCGAGAAGAUGAUUCAGAGACUGUUGCAAUGAUUAAGGAACUUCUUGAGACACGUAUACGCCCGGCUGUGCAGGAUGAUGGUGGGGAUAUUGAGUACAGAGGAUUUGAUGAAGACACUGGAAUGGUCAAAUUGAGGAUGCAAGGAGCAUGCAGUGGAUGCCCUAGUUCCUCUGUUACCCUUAAGUCUGGGAUUGAAAACAUGCUGAUGCACUAUGUGCCUGAGGUUAAAGGGGUAGUACAGGAGUUCUAUGAAGAUGAUAACCCGGCCUUAACUGGAGCCUCCCAUGAGUGAUUUUCUCAUUUGAGGGUAUCUGCCUUGUGGUGACUGAUGAAAACAACCUGUAUAAUAAUGAUUAAUGAUGAUUCUUCCUUUUUCCGAAAUGUAAUGAGAGUUUUAUGGGAUUGCACCACCUGAAACUUGACAUUUUUUUUAAUGACAUUGACAUAUGUACAUAGAUUAUAAGAUAUAUUAUAUACUCCUUCUGUCCCGUUAAGAUUGCCCUAUUUUCAAUUUGAU